AUGAUCAUUAAAUUUCAGAAAAAUAUUAUAGAAGCUGUGGAGCUCAAGUACCACGGCAAUCAUCAAAAGCAUCAAUCCUUGGAGUUCCAAGUGUUCUUCAAUGAUCACGCCAACAAUGACUUUAACACUCUCUUCAAAAACCUCCAUCACAAUCACAAUCGCAAAUUCUUUGCCGCUGGAGUACCAGGUACAUUUCAUUGCCGGUUGUUUCCCAAGUCCUCUCUCCACUUCGGUCACUCCUCUUUUGCACUGCAAUGGCUCUCCAAAACUCCCUCGGAAGUCUUGGAUACUAAGUCUCCUGCAUGGAAUAAGGGUAGCAUUCACUGCACAGGAUAUCAUACAGAAGUUGCAGAGGCAUAUUCAUCUCAAUUCAAGAAUGACAUGGAGACGUUCUUGAAUGCUAGGGCACAAGAACUUGUGAAUGGAGGGUUGCUGGUAAUUAUAAUGCCUGCCCUACAAGAUGGGGUGCUUCUGUCUCAAAGUUCAAUCGGCAUGACUUAUGAUCUCUUGGGAUCUUGCCUCCAGAACAUGGCCAAAUCUGGAAUAAUUAGUGAAGAAAAGGUGGAGGCCUUCAACUUGCCAAUAUACAUUUCACCAGCGAAGGAUUUAGAAGCAUUGUUACAGAGAAAUGGAUUCUUUAGUGUUGAGAAAAUUGAUAGAAUAACUAGCAACAUGAACAUCACCACCCUCACAGCGCAAUUUCUUACAUCACAGUUACGAGCGAUCACGGAAGAACUCAUCAAAGGACACUUUGGAAGUGAGAUUGUCGAUGCAGUAUUCGAACUUUUCAACAUAAAACUAUCCGAGAAUUGGUUUUCCAUCAUAGAUACGAAGAAUCAAAAAUUCAUGGACCUGUUCAUCAUUCUAAGGCGCAAUUUUUCUGAUUAA